UAUUUUUUGCGCCUCGAAUAUGGUUAUUGCCUAUCAUUUAUGUACAAAGCAGUUAUUGUCGCUUAGUCACGUUUGCCUUUCAAGCGUCGAUAUGGAAUGAAUUAAUGGAAGGUUGACUUAAAAAACUCGUACCCAUGCCUUCAAUUCUUAAAAAAAAGCAAAAUAGUAAACAGAACAGACCAUAAAAUCUUCAAAAAACCGAAGUUUUAAAUAGAAUUUAAUAGUGAUAUAUUUAUCAAAUAAACCAAUGUUUGUAUUAGCUGAAAUGAAAGAUGUUAUCCGAGUCAAUCCAGAAUACUUUCGUCAAAGUCUAACUGAUUCUAUAACAACUUUACUCAACAGAAAGUUAGCUAAUAAGGUUGUGUUAGAAGUAGGCUUAUGUAUUGUACUGUUUGACAUAACCAAUGUUGGACACUCGUACAUAUUCCCCGGAGACGGUUCAUCUCACACAGAGGUGAAAUUUAGAUAUAUCGUGUUUCGACCUAUUAUUGAAGAGAUACUUAUAGGAAAAAUAAGGAGCUGCAGUAGAGAAGGCGUGCACGUGACAUUAGGCUUUUUCGAUGAUAUAUUAAUACCAGUAAAUGCUCUUCAGCAUCCGUCUAGAUUUGACGAAACCGAUCAAGCAUGGGUAUGGGAAUAUCCUAAGGAAGAUGGAGAAAAACAUGAUUUGUUCAUGGACUCAGGUGAAUCAAUAAGAUUUCGAGUGACAAGUGAGUUUUUUGAAGAGAGCUUACCAACAGGUCCUCCAGGAACAGAUUGUACAGUACAAACGGUAGCACCUUAUAGACUGAUUGGAGGAAUAAAUGAACCAGGACUUGGACUUUUAACUUGGUGGGAGACACCAGAUCAAGAGGGUGAAGAGGAUGAAAUAGAUGAUGAAUAAAAUAUUCAGCUUCUAUUGUUAUUUUUUU